AUGGGUUCCCGUGAUGAUGAAUACGACUACCUUUUCAAGGGUAAGUUUAUCGUUAUUUUUUGUUGAGUUUUAGGUACGAUUCAGCAUUUUAGCAUAAUUGCUUUAAAACCCUGAGCAAAUUGGGUGCUAAAGUUGGCUUUUUUGAAGUUGUAUUUGAAUUCGUUGUUGUUUAAAACUUAUAUUUUAUAUUAAUAAGUGAUAUGACAAAAUAAGGAGUAUGAUUUAUUUUAUCAAAUUUUUAAAAUAAUGUAAUUUAUUUUUUAGUUGUACUGAUUGGUGAUUCGGGUGUUGGAAAGUCUAAUCUUCUGUCUCGGUUUACUCGUAACGAGUUCAACUUGGAAUCUAAGUCUACAAUUGGUGUGGAGUUUGCUACACGCAGCAUACAGGUAUGUUAUCUUUAAGUUAAGUUAUUUUUUGUCAGAAAGUUUUUUUAAAUGCGGUUGACAUAGGCUAUAUUGGAAAUGAUAGUUGAGUCGUGUUUAACAUCUAAAUUUAUAUAUUUUUAGAAGCGAUAUUUUAUUUUUGUAAAGUUUAAAAAAAAUGGUUGCAAGUUAAAUAAUCGUCGAAAUUUCAGGUUGAAGGCAAAGUCGUCAAAGCACAAAUCUGGGAUACCGCCGGGCAAGAGCGCUACAGAGCCAUCACCUCGGCCUAUUAUCGUGGUGCCGUCGGCGCCCUUUUGGUAUACGAUAUCGCUAAGCACGUGACCUACGAGAACGUGGAACGCUGGCUAACAGAACUCCGCGAUCACGCCGACCAGAACAUUGUUAUCAUGUUGGUGGGCAACAAAUCCGACUUGCGUCAUCUUCGCGCCGUCCCAACCGAAGAAGCGACCGCAUACGCGGAACGACACCAACUCUCUUUCAUCGAGACAUCAGCUCUGGACUCGACCAACGUCGAGAAGGCGUUCACCAACAUCCUCACCGAGAUCUACAAGUCGGUCUCGACCCGACAAGUCCCACCAGACCGUAUGGCCCCCAUACACAGCCAGAACAACAUCACACUCUCCGCUUCGAACGACCAACAGUCCAAGAAACAGUGCUGUAAUCUCUCUUCUUAA